GAUGAGCUGAGCCUGCUGGUCAUCGUCAUUGACACCAACCCUAUCUGGUGGGGAAAGAAGGCGCUAGGAGAAGCUGAGUUCACCCUAUCAAAAUGCAUUGAUGCAGCGAUGGUACUGGGAAAUUCACACUUAUUUAUGAAUCGCACCAACAGGCUCGCUGUAAUAGCAAGUCACACGCAAGAAAGCCGUUUCUUGUACCCUGGGAAGUGUUGGGCUGUUGCAGAUCUCUUUGGAGAUGGCAGUAGUUCCAUGGAAUCUAAUUGCUCUGGCAGCAAGGAUGGAAAAUAUGAGUUGUUAACAGCAAUAAAUGAUGCAAUUGCAGAAGAGAUUAAAGACCUCAUGACAAAAACUGAUAUGAGGGGGCAGCAAACAGAAACUCUGUUAGCAGGAUCACUUGCUAAAGCACUUUGUUAUAUCAACAAGAUGAGCAAAGAGGUAAAAGCCAAUCAAGAAAUGAAAUCAAGGAUUUUGGUGAUAAAAGCAGCAGAAGACAGUGCAUUGCAAUAUAUGAAUUUCAUGAAUGUGAUCUUUGCAGCACAGAAACAGAGUAUUUUGAUUGAUGCCUGUGUCCUGGACUCUGAUUCAGGUCUUCUACAACAGGCUUGUGACAUUACAGGUGGCAUAUAUUUGAAAGUGCCCCACAUGCCAUCCCUUCUGCAAUAUCUGUUGUGGGUGUUUCUCCCUGAUCAAGAGCAAAGAUCACAGCUUGUCCUUCCACCUCCUAUUCACGUUGACUACAGAGCUGCAUGCUUCUGUCAUCGAAAUCUUAUUGAAAUUGGUUACGUGUGCUCUGUGUGCUUGUCAAUAUUCUGCAACUUCAGUCCUAUUUGUAGUACAUGCGAGACUGCUUUCAAAAUUUCAUUGCCACCUGUCAUGAAAGCUAAGAAGAAGAAAUUAAAGUUAGCUGUGUAA